AGCCAAGGAGACAAGCAAUUUCGCAUGGAAAUCAGCACAACCGGAACAAUUCAACAUGCCAAUCUUGUACGCCUACGGGGGUUCUGCUCAGAAGGCACUAAAAAGCUGUUGGUCUAUGAUUACAUGCCAAAUGGUUCUCUCGACUCCUUUCUUUUCCAGGGAAAUAAAUUGAUCGUUUUAGACUGGAAAACAAGAUACAACAUAGCAUUGGGAACAGCUAAAGGCUUGGCUUAUCUCCAUGAGAAAUGCAAGGACUGCAUUAUCCACUGCGACAUAAAGCCAGAAAACAUCCUGUUAGAUGGUGAAUUCUGUCCAAAAGUGACAGAUUUUGGCCUGGCGAAGCUUUUUACACGGGAUUUUAGUAGGGCCUUAACUACAAUGAGAGGGACAAUAGGUUACCUUGCACCAGAGUGGAUUUCAGGGGAAGCCAUAACAGCCAAGGCCGACGUUUAUAGUUACGGGAUGAUGCUUUUUGAAUUAGUGUCAGGAAGAAGAAAUACUGAGAAAUCUUAUGAUACAAGAACGGAAUACUUCCCACUUCGAGUGGCUAAUUUAAUAAACAAAGAUGGUGAUGUUCUUAGUCGUUUAGACCCUAGAUUGGUGGGAAACAGUAUUGUAGAAGAGCUGACAAGGGUCUGUAAAGUUGCUUGUUGGUGCAUUCACGAAAUUCAAAGGCCAUCAAUGAGUCGGGUUGUUUAUUUUCUUGAGGGGGUUUUGGACAUGGACUUGCCACCCAUUCCAAGAUUGCUCCAAGAUCUUUCCUGGAACUCUGGAGUGGUUAGUUCCUGAUCAGGUAGUGCAGUUAUUUCAACCGCCCAGUUUCUGUAUAAAUAAGAAAAAGGGUGCUU